AUGUUGAUGCUCCUUUUCCUCCUCGACAUCAAACUCGGUUCAUCUUCGCCUUCGUUUCCUGCACGUAAAGAGGAGACCGUACGCAGGGUCCACAAGUCUCCGCCCCUCGGCCUCGAAAACCCGGCCGCCGCCGCUGCCGCCCGAUCGCGAGGCAGCGGACCAGGCGAGAGGAACCAACAAUUUUACCCGCAUGCUGGUUUGAUGAGGCCAAGCUCCGAGCUUGGAUCCCAGGUGCAAGUACUCAGGAACAAGAAUGUUGUCAAAAAUCAAACCAAAAAGAGCCCAAACUCGAGAAACACACUGCUGCAGCGUCACAUCGAAGGUAUCAAGCCGCACAUCACCAAAUCGCAAUCUUGGAAGAAAGCCACUACAGCCUCCAGAACAUCCGACCAUGUGGCAGCCAUCCCGAUCGGGGAGGUAGAUCUGCAGCAUCUCCUUGAAGAGAGGGUCGGCUCACAUGCUGGUGUGGGCCGCCCACACGCGCGCCCUCAGGAACGGUACGCGACGAGGGGCAAACUGUGGGCGCUCCGGUCGAGAUGGAUCCCCGCCCUUGGUUGCGACAGCCGGGCCUCUCCUAUUCUGUUCGUCAAGUCUGGUAUCGGUGGCAACCGUGAAGUUGGAACCCGUCUACAUACAGCAUUUCUGUAA